AUGCAUAUUAUCAAGCCGGUUUGGCUGACCCAUGGAGGCGAGAGAAAAGACUUCGAAGUCUACAGCUGCGAUGUAUCCCCCGAUGGAAGCCGCCUAGUCACCGCAGCCGGAGACGGAUACGUGCGGAUUUGGUCGACGGAAGCGAUUUGCGACACGGACGACUCGGCGGGCAAACCGAAGCAGCUGGCGUCCAUGAGUAACCAUUCAGGGACGAUCCAUACGGUUCGCUUUUCGCCGAACGGCAAGUACCUUGCGUCUGGGGCGGACGAUAAGAUUGUUUGUAUUUAUUCACUGGAUGCGAACCCGCCGUCGCAUGCUUCGACCUUUGGGACAAAUGAGGCUCCUCCCGUGGAAAAUUGGCGCACGAUUCGGAGAUUGAUCGGUCACGAUAACGAUGUGCAGGACUUGGGCUGGUCGUAUGAUUCGUCGAUACUGGUGUCUGUUGGGUUGGAUUCGAAAGUGGUCGUGUGGUCGGGACACACGUUUGAGAAGCUUAAGACGCUGUCUGUCCAUCAAAGUCACGUCAAGGGGAUCACGUUCGACCCGGCAAACAAGUACUUCGCUACGGCCAGUGACGACCGAACUGUUCGGAUCUUCCGUUUCACCUCCCCGGCUCCGAAUUCGACCGCCCACGACCAGAUGAACAACUUCGUCCUGGAACACACCAUCACUGCUCCCUUCCAGAACUCGCCCUUGACGGCAUACUUCCGACGGUGCUCAUGGUCCCCGGAUGGAAUGCAUAUCGCCGCGGCUAAUGCCGUGAAUGGGCCUGUUAGCUCCGUCGCCAUCAUUAACCGUGGAUCGUGGGACGGAGAUAUCAACCUGAUCGGGCAUGAAGCGCCGGUUGAAGUUUGCGCGUUCUCUCCUCGGCUCUAUUCUAUGCAACCGAGCAACAAACAGUCCGACCACCCGGCGCCUAGCGUGACCGUUAUUGCGUGCGCCGGGGGUGAUAAGUCGCUGAGCAUAUGGAUCACCAGCAAUCCGCGGCCCAUUGUCGUUGCGCAAGAGCUGGCGGCCAAGUCCAUCUCGGAUCUUGCCUGGACUCCGGAUGGGAAGUGUCUUUAUGCGACGGCCUUGGACGGGACGAUCCUGGCUGUGCGUUUUGAAGAUGGGGAUCUGGGAUUCGCGAUGGCUAUGGAGGAGAAUGAAAAAUCCCUUACGAAGUUCGGUACCAACAGAAGGGGCGCUGGGAUCACAGAGACUACGGACGGACUGCUCCUCGAGGAGAAGAGCAAGGCUGGGGAGAGCAAGGCUGUCGAGGGUCGCAUGGGCGCCCUGAUGGGUGACGACCAUGCGGCUUCCGAUAGCGUGGUCAAUGGGAAAGCUGCGCCGGCGAACGGAACGACACCAGCGCGCGCCCCGUCUCCCGCUCCCGAUACCCAGAAGAGCCAAGCGAACGGAACAUCAGCAACCCCGCAAGCUCCAGAACCAGAGAAACCGGACCCCUACCAGGCCAAGCUGGAACGACUCAAACAACGCCCGACUUACACCAAGGAGGGCAAGAAACGCAUCGCCCCGCUACUGGUAUCCGGAGCUGGCGCUGCCGAGUCGUCUCUGCCGCAGGCGCGGCUGAUGGCGUCGGUCAGCAGCCAGGUGAAGGCCGAUACGCCGCAGUCGAUUGUCGACCUGUCCAAGCCGUUCGACGGGCUGCCGAAGGGCGGACUGGCGGCAUUGCUGUUCGGGAACAAGCGCAAACUGGCACAGAUCGAGGGAGACGAGGAUGGACACGUUGAGAAACGCGUGGCCGUCGCCAGCCAGAAUGGAGCCACCCCGAUUCUGGCCAACACGCCCGACGGGUUGCUCCCGGCUCAGCCGCAACCUGCGGCGACGGGACAGCAACCGACCCCAGAGUUCAUCCGGCCGGCGGUGACGAACCCGUGCAUGUCGAUCAGCCAGCUGCGGCUGGCCGUCCCCAAGGUUCGCAGCCAGAUCCUGCGCGCCAUCGACUCAUCGGGCCAGCCGACGGAGCCGCCCAGUGCAUCGGGGGAGUCGAGCAAGUCGCGCGCGGAAGUGGUGUUCGAAGUGCGCAACCCGUCCCUGGCGAGCCUGACGGGGCGCGCCGUCGACCGAGAGCCGGUGCGGCUCACCCUGUCCCGGGGCGAGCAGCCGCUGUGGCAGGAUUACCUGCCGCGGACGGCUCUGCUGGCGACAGGCAAUCAGAGUAUGUGGGCUGUAGGCUGCGAAGACGGGUCAGUCUACAUCUGGACGCCGGCGGGGCGCCGUCUGGUAAGCGCGCUGGUACUCGAAGCGCAGCCAGUGAUCCUGGAGUGCCACGGGCCGUGGAUCCUGUGCAUCUCAGCCGUGGGCAUGUGCUACGUGUGGAACGUGAAGAACCUGUCGUCGCCGCACCCGCCCAUCUCGCUGCAGCCGGUGCUGGACGCAGCGGUACACAGCCUAGGAGCGCACCCGUCUUCCGCGCCGUCGGUGACGAACGCUCGGGUCAACUCGGAGGGCCGCGUGGUCGUGGCGCUGUCCAACGGCGAGGGCUACGUCUACUCGCCGUCACUAUUCACCUGGCAGCGCGUGUCCGAGGCGUGGUGGGCCGUGGGCAGCCAGUACUGGAACACGACAGAAGCCCCCGUAGGCAACCUACAGGCGCGGCGUGGCCCACAGCCACGCGAGCCAGCGACGGCCGCAGCGGCCGUAUCAGCGGGGAUCGUCCCAUUCCUGGAACGGAACACCACCAACGAGACGCUGCUGCGCGGCCGGGCUUACUUCCUGCAGCGACUGAUCAAGGUGCUGCUGUCGCGGGAGGGAUACGAAGGGUUCGAGUCGAGCGUGUCGAUCGCGCACCUGGAGAACCGCGUGGCGGCGGCGUUGUCGCUGGGCGCGAAGGAGGAGUUCCGUCUUUACUUAUCGAUGUACGCUAAGCGGAUUGGAGCGGAGGGGCUGAAGGGGAAGGUGGAGGAGUUGCUGAAGGGGUUGAUUGGGGGGUUGUUCGAGGAGGAGGGGGAGGAUGAACAGGCCGAGGACGAAGGCGACGGCGCCGGCGAUGACAGCGAGGACGAUGCGGGGACGGUGGCUCGUCGGAUGGGCUCGCGGGCAGAUGAUCGGAACUGGCGCGAGAGUUCGGAGACUCUUUGUGGCUGGCCACGGGAGGUGUUGUUGAAGGAGGUGAUCUUAGCGUUGGGGAAACACCGCGAUCUGCAACGGGUGACGGUGCCGUAUGCGAAACUGCUGGGAAUGGUGGAUAAUGAGGAUGCGAUGGAGACGUGA